AUGGCGUCUCCAGCGGAGAGAGAAGGACGGUUGGCAGUCCCUGCUGAUGCCCGACCAGGCGAUGGGAUCAAACUAGCCAAGGAACGGCGAGCAGGCCAGUUCUCAAGGCACCCAAUCUCUCAGCUCCAAGGACCCUUCGAGGAAUCAAUACAGGAAGCCACUGGCAUUGGGAAAGGUAGAUGGGUAGCCGAUCUUGAUGCUCAAUCUAGGCGCAAGAACCUCCUCGAAAGCCCCAAAUAUCACCCUCUCUGGAAACUCAUCGCCCAGAUGUCCUUUGGGGUUCACCUACUAGUUGAAAAACUCGCCAAGUCGGACGUGGAGGUCUUGAAAAUCCUUCAGGUCCAUGUAGACGAGAUGGAUGGAUUCCUCAAGAGGACCUCGGAAGAUUUCCUUAUCAUCCAGAUUGACGUGCGCACGCGGAGUAAGUAUCUCAGCCUACCUCUUGAAAAUCUAAUGAUUUUCGAUGAGAUGCUGGAGGAGCGCAGUUUCCGUGGCUCUAUGAUCGAAUAUAAUGACAGGAUCGAACACGCCGUCGAUCGGUUCGCAACUGCGAUUGAGGAUUCCCUCAAAGACAUCCAGAAAGGCCGGGAGGCGGUUGGUGCGCUGUGGACAUAUCUUCAACAGUCAGCUGAAAAGCGUAGUCCGUUGCCUGUUCGACUACUGGCUGUCUACCACGCUAUGCUCGCGAACGCGGAGGGCUGGAAUAUAGCACUUUCGAAUCUUCGUCGGAAGGGCGUCGCCCUGCAGUCGGCCCUUCUUCAGCUUGGCCUAGCCACAACGGAACUGCAGCGACGUGUGGGAGUGGCAAGUCGAAAAGCUGUUGUGUCCUACAUGCGAAGUACCAAUGGAUUGUCACGAAAGAAAUCACUACGGCAACGAUUUAUGGAAAGAGGCUCAUUCGUUAGCGCACCGGCCUUGACUCCGAACAAACCUCUUCCCCGUGCCCCAGACUGUCCGGCAACGGCGACCUUCUACCGGUCGACUGACCGUAAUAGGCUCACGCAGAAAAGUGUUCCGAAUCUCAGGGCGGCCAGGGAGAAUGACGAGCGUAAUGCGCACACGAAGCUACCCGACCGAGCCAAGUCUGUCAACGGUACUGCUGACGGCUUAGACUCGGAAGGCUUUGUGCUUAAACUUCGCCGUCUCUCCAGGUCCAAGCUCAGAACAAAGGAACUUACUAGCGAACAUCCUGAACCAUUACCAGUGCGCCCUUCCACUGCGCCGUCCAGGGAAUCGAAAGCUCGAAGUAUUUAUUUGGAACCACUGAAGUCCCUGCACAAAAGCAAAAGGGAACCAAGUCAGAAGGCCCAUACUUCGCUGGUGCCUGCUCAAACGGGACGCCCAGUUGCUCCUCAACCCUCAGCGAGACGAGAAACGAUGAGAAACCAAUUACUGCAGUAUUUCAAAUCCGACAAAGUGGUCGACGCUUGGGAACAUGAAACGCAGAAAGAGAGAAACAAUGCCGAGAAUUCCUCCCAGGCCAAGAAGGCCGGCCCUUGGAGCGAGUUUUGUGCAGAGUCGUCCAUCAAUGAUGAUGGCUGUCUACAGAUAAAAUCCGACAUGGUCGGAUCUGAUCUGAACAAUGACAUGGCAUGGCUCCACCAGGAUCUUGGCGCAAUGAACACUUAUUUUUUAAAGCCAAAAAGGGAUGUCGGACCCAGGAUCCAUGUCCUUUCGGUCCAGUUCAGCCUUGCGCAGGAUGAUAACGAAGUACAAAACCAAGACACUGAUGCGGAGCUCGAUGACACAGCAGGGGAGACACAAUCGGUGAUAACAGCUCUUCCUUCCAUACCAGCUGCGCCGGUGAAUACGGAAGAGGUUCAUCCUCAUGCGCUUUAUCCUGCAUACAGUCUCGAACAUCACUCUGAGCCUGCCAAAGUCUUCACCUGA